AAGGACUACACACAGAGAGCAGACUCUCCAAGCUCCUUUCCUAAGUAGAUCUGGCCCACUUGUGUCCUCCACAGCACCAGGGGCUGGUUCUCUUUCUUUCAAGUGAAUGACUUUAAUCUGGGAAGGCAUUUGCUGAACAAGCAUGAGGACCUGAAUUGGAUCUCCAGUACCGACAUAAAAGUCCAGAGGACCAUCUCACUAUGCAGUGGCUGAAGAAAUUUCAGAUCCCAUGGGGCAUCUUCAAAUGCUUCCAUAGCUCCUCCCAGAGCUCAUCUCAUCAGCACAGUGUAUCGACAGCAGGAGCUGGGACUCAAAGAUGGAAUGACUAUGAUUCACCUGAGGAAUUUAACUUUGCAAGAGACGUGCUGGACUACUGGGCUCAGAUGGAGGAGGAGGGCAAGAGAGGCCCAGGUCCGGCCCUGUGGUGGGUGAAUAGCCAAGGAGAUGAGAUAAAGUGGAGCUUCCGAGAGCUGAGGGACUUAACCCGUCGCGCUGCCAACGUCUUUGAGCAGACUUGUGGCCUGAAGCAGGGAGAUCGCCUGGCCUUGAUUCUGCCUCGAGUGCCCGAGUGGUGGCUAGUGACAGUGGGCUGCUUUCGAACAGGGAUUGUCUUCAUGCCUGGGACUACCCUGCUGAAAGCAAAGGACAUCCUCUACCGACUACAAAUGUCUCAAGCCAAAGCCAUUGUGACCACAGGGAGCCUCGUCUCAGAGGUGGACUCUGUGGCCUCUGAGUGUCCUGCCCUGAAAACCAAGCUGGUGGUGUCUGAUCAUAGCCAUGAAGGGUGGCUCAACUUCCAGUCACUGAUUAAAUCAGUACCCCCAGAUCACACCUGUAUUAAGUCAAAGAUGAAGGAUCCUAUGGCCAUCUUCUUCACCAGCGGGACUACAGGUUUCCCCAAAAUGGCAAAGCACAACCAGGGACUUGCAUUCCGGUCCUGUAUCCCUUCAUGCAGGAAAUUGUUGAACCUGAAGACAUCUGACGUCUUGUGGUGCAUGUCAGACCCAGGAUGGAUUAUGGCUACCGUGGGGGCCAUGAUCGAACCAUGGGCAUCAGGGGCUACAAUCUUCAUCCACCACCUCCCUCAGUUCGACCCCAAAGUCAUUGUAGAGGUACUGUUCAAAUACCCCAUCACUCAAUGCCUCGCUGCACCAACUGUGUACAGAAUGAUUCUUCAACAGAAAAUCACCAAUCUCAGGUUCCCCAGACUGGAGCACUGCACCACCGGCGGGGAGAGCCUGCUGCCUGAGGAGUACAAGCAAUGGAAGCAAAGGACAGGCAUUCUCAUCCAUGAGAUCUAUGGACAGUCAGAAACGGGGAUAGGCUGUGCUGUCUUCCGGGAAAUGAAAGUCAAGAGAGGAUCCAUUGGGAAGGCCAUAUUACCCUUCGACAUCCAGAUCAUUGACGAGAAAGGCAACAUCCUCCCGCCCAACACUGAAGGAUACCUUGGCAUCAGGAUCAAGCCCACCAGGCCUCUAGGCCUCUUUGUGGAAUAUGAGAAUAGCCCAGAGAAGACAGCUGAGGUGGAGUGUGGGGACUUUUACAACAGCGGGGACAGGGCAACCGUUGAUGAAGAUGGCUACUUCUGGUUCUUGGGCAGGAGUGAUGACGUCAUCAACGCUUCUGGGUACCGCAUUGGGCCUGCAGAAGUGGAGAACGCCUUGGCGGAGCAUCCGGCGGUGGCAGAGUCGGCCGUGGUGAGCAGCCCGGACCUGAAUCGAGGAGAGGUGGUGAAGGCAUUUAUUGUCCUGACCCCAGAGUUUCUGCUGCACAAUCAGGAACAGCUUGCCAAAGAGCUGCAGCAGCAUGUGAAGUCAGUGACAGCACCGUAUAAGUACCCCAGAAAGGUGGAGUUUGUUGCAGAAUUGCCCAAAACUGUCACGGGCAAAAUCAAAAGGAAGGAGCUUCGGCUAAAGGAGUACAGUCAGAAGAGAUGAGCAACCAGCCCAGGAGCAUCCCCAUAACCUGACACAAGUCCGUGGCUGGUGGGGGUGGGGUGGGGUAAGUUUGGAAAAGAAAAGCAGGACCCUCAACAUUUUUUUUUUUUUUUUGCAUUUUCAAAUUCAGUUACCACCCUUCCUGGAAGUCGUUUGUCCUGUAGAUGGCCACAGUGAACUCUCAAACUGGGUUUGUGGGCAAUAAAACAUGAACCUGAAUAGCACCCUGUGUGGUCGCUCAUUCUAUGGAUGGAUACCUUCCCUCUGUAAUCUUCCCUGGUUGUCAAUCUGAGACAUCUGAGAUGCUGCAGGGUUAGACAUGUCCCUGAACAUGCAUUCAACACCCAGGAAAGGAGACUCAGGCCAGAAGGAAAUCCACUGAGCUCAGCUUUGGCUUGGUGACAACACUUACCUGCCAAACCAUCCUGUCCCUCCUGCUUUGGAUGAGUCCAGGAUCUUUUUGCCC